UGAGCCUGAACUGCAGAUCGCAGGGACUCGCUUGUGUAAUAGUUGGGGGCUACCAGUGGCACGGAGCUCAUGCUGCUGCUCCACUGAUGUGCCCCCCCCCCCCCCCCCUCAUGUCCCAAUAACAGCAGAAGACGGGCGGCGCAUGAGCGAGAGCCUUUUACGCGUUUGUACGAUUAACGAACAAUACAUGUAUUUACAACUCUUGUGCGCUGUGACCAAAGUCAACACUGAGACAUUCUACCCGCCUGUUUAAAAUGGGCUUGUUUUUAUUUAGCGCUGGAUUUGCCAACCCCACCGAGGCCACUGUCUAUGAGCAGGUUCUUCACUGUGAGGGUGUGAAUAAUAAAAGCUAUGUGUGUGAAACGGGACACUGUUGUGGAGAGUCCCAGUGCUGCAGCUACUACUAUGAACUCUGGUGGUUCUGGCUGGUGUGGGCCAUCAUCUUAAUCCUGAGCUGCUGCUGCAUUUGUCAUCAUCGUCGCACCAAACACAGACUGCAACAACAACAACGACAGCAUGAGAUCAACCUCAUUGCCUACAGAGAGGUUCACAACUACACCUCACUGCCCUUCUACUACAGAUUCCUACCCAACUAUCUCCUUCCAGAGUACGAGGAGGUAGUGCAUCAGCCCGCCACGCCCCCUCCUCCAUAUAGUGCCUUAAACGCCGGCCCUCCGACCUACACCAGCCCUUUAACCACUGACCAGCAGGAUGCACACUGCACACCCAGACAGACCACUCCAGUGCCCCCUGCAUCUGAAACGCUCUGUUCCAGACCCAGCCUAGAGGAGAUCCACACCUCUAAUGGGUACCACCAGAAAGAAGACGGCAAGGGCGAGAUGGAGUUAGAGCGGGGCAGAUCCGCACAGAGCGCUCAGCAGCCUCCCAGCAUGGAGACGCAGAACGAGUGCAGGAAGGAGCCUGAUGAGAAAGAGAGGAUUCUGGGAAGACAUCGCAGAUUCACGGGGGACUCUGGGAUUGAGGUGUGUGUUUGUGGACGAGGCUUGGAGAGCCAUGAGCCCAAAGAAUUCGAGGGGCUUUUGAGCGAGGAGGACCAGGGGGACUCGGAGGAUUUCUGUGAGGAAUGUGGCCUUCGUUCCUACGGAGAGGAAAAUCAGGGACUUCUGUCCCCAGAAAACAGGGUGGAGCGUGGAGCAUUGCCAAUGUCCCAAUCUCAACCUCAUCCGGUCUGCCUCUAUUUGCAUACUAUUACUGAACAAGAGGGUCCACAACAUGGUAACACAGAAUCGUAAAGCUAAAUGCAUGACAUUACUGUAAAAAAAAAAAAAAGUGAGAGGAGGACAAGAAUACAGGGAAGCUGCAGUAUGCAGUGCAGGAGCAAGCUUUGCGAAGUAAUCGCACAAUAUAUACAAUUGUUUGUAAGUAUGUGAUGGAAACAAUCGGAUGUUCUCUGCAUCGUUGUUUUAUGUACAGAGCAUCUAUUUAUCCGGUUAAAAAGCUCAAAAGUGCACAAGGAUGGGCUCUACUUGCUCCACUAGACGAUACAUGUAGUGCUGUAAUGGAGCGUUCAGGUAUUCCCUGGAGAUUCAUAUUUACAAGUUGAUUCAUCGUAAUUAUGACAUCAAAUGCGUUCAGAUCACAGUGGUUGGAGAAAGAUGGCGUAGUAACUUUUCUACACCAAAAACUCCACAAAAUGACGAAUAAAGAAUGCACAUAAGAUUUCUUUUUACUUUUUUACAAUAUUUUUAUUUCAUGUAUAAAGGUGCUGUAAAUUGAAUCCUAGUCUAUCGUAAUUGUACAAUACUGUUGUACAUGCAACAUAGCUAGUUUUAUUGUAAAUGAAAAAGAAAACAAAUUUCAACAAAUUUGCCGUCAAUACGUCCGGAACUCAGAAACUCCGUAUGGAAUAUCCAUAGUUUCCUACUUUGUAAUUACGACUUUGUGGUGGCAGUCGUGUGCCUUCAACUUGUAAAUACGAUCUUCUGACAUGACUUGUACGCAUCAUAAGACAUCCUCCAGGUGUGGCCACAUUCACACUGCAAAAUUUUGUGGGCGAAUUAAAUUAAAUUGCAAUCCGUGUGAAAGGGAGUUUCGCAGAUUCAUGAUUAAGUUGGUAAUGUGAAUUUGUUGCAAUCACCAACAGAAAGCUGCUUGGUUUGAAAUGGACUUCUUUGUGAGCAUUGCUUCAUGCAUUGCUACACUAUUGAGAGUGGACCAUUUUUACCUUCGAAAUCUCGCUGAAAUUUUCCUAAUGUGACCAGACUUAGGACACCAAACUGUGCAGUCUUAGGACUGAGGUUCUAAAUAUGUAACACUAGUGUGCUGAACUCUGUGUCUCAGGACAGUCAAAGAGCAAUCUAAAAACUUGACUGAACGCCAAAAAAGACCAUGUGCUUUUAAUAUCCAUGUUGACCUUCCCUAAUGUGAUGGGACAAAUCUUAUUGGUGUGUAUUAAGUUUUUGUUUUGCACACUCACGUUCUUCUGAAUGAAUCAUAUUCAUUUACAUACAGUCUUAAUUCACAUUUUAUCUGUUUAUAUUGUCGUCUUUUUGGCUGCUGUAAGCUCUGAUGAAUUAGUCAUGUGUAUUUGGUAUUCUGAACAAGUUUGAUUCAUAAAUCUGAGUUUUUAUAGCCAAAGUAGGCUAUACAGAUUAUGACAUCGGGCAGAUGUUCGAAUUAGGCUUGGAGCUUAUAAGUGCUGCUUUAUUACUACUAAUCAUCAGUUUUUGAUUGCAAACAAACACUACAUAAUGUAGAUUUCUUUGACCCUGUAGGGAUAAAAGCCUUGCCAAAGGGAGGUGUCUUUAGUACACAAGCAUUUACUGCGUAAAGUCAUUUCUUAGGUGCCUAGUCAAUGAUAUAAGCUACCAAGUAAAAUGUUCGCUGGAACAUAUUCAAGUGAACUCCAAAGACAGAAACAUUUUGAUGUUUUUAAAAUGAUAAUAUACAUAAAUCCAUGUGUAAAGCAUAUCUGGUUGAACUUGAUGUUAGAUGACACAUAUGGGUACAGAUUUGAUUAAGCUGUAUGGUGGUAACAUGAUUUUUUUCAAGUGCCUUUUAUGUCAUUUUUGCACUUUUACAACCACUCUAAAUACAGUUUCACGUGCCAUUUGUCAAGUAUCAUCUUGAACAUUAGCCUCAUAGAAUAUAGUUUUUU